AUAUAUAUAUUUGUUUGUGUGUGUAUUGCAACUGUGCACUGUUUGGAAGUGAGAGCAACGGAGCAGAAGUGCGUGUUGGCUCUCCCCUUGGACUUUGGUAGGGGAAUUGCUGCAGUGUGUGCGCUUUUCCUUUUUGUGAGUUUUUGUGUGACAAAUAUUUUGGUGUUAAGAUCAACUGCAAAGCAAAGAUGAGGGAGAAACGUAACUUUUCGCAAGAUCAAAGUUCUGUUAAACCACAGCAGUCUAUAUUUGUGAAAAAGGAUUACAGUAAAUGUUGACCUCUAGCUAUUGAUUUGUUCAACUGCUGUCAUUCACACAUCAAGCACAUAUAUUUUUUAGGUGAAUAAAUAUGGUUAACAUGGAUGACAUUGAAAUCAUAAAGAUAAUGGAAAAUUUGGAAAAAAUAAAAAAAAAAAUUUGAAAAAAAAAAAACAAAACAGAUUUUAUAAGGCCUUAUUGGAGUUACAACAGUACAAUGUUAAACAGUCAUAUUAUGUCUUUCCUGAAGAAAUUUUCUUACACUUAUUGAGUCCUUAGUAAUUAGAUGUGAACUGUCAUUCUUAAAAAUAUUGGCAGUGUUUUCCUGUGGUGUGGUUACCCUUCCUGGCCAUGUGGGUCUUGGUGUUUCUCUUACCUCCCCCUGCACCGCCUCCUCUUCCUGUUUCCUGCAUCUCCCUCCCUUCCUUCAACUGUAUUGAUCUGCCAUUUGGUGUCAGUGGGUAAUAAAAGUGCGGGUGGUUAGCUCUCCACUUGGUUAAUAUCCAAGAUAACUUUAAACACACAACACUAGAAACUGGUCUUUUCAUGUAGUCGACUCUUUUGUGACGUUGGUAUUUUUAAUAUUUCCCGUCAGUGAGGGCUGUUGCUUACUUGGUUUGGGAAGUAGUUUGUAACGCUAUAUCUUUUUGAAGUAACUCAUUUUAUUGGUCAGAUCAGCUGCUGGGACUGAGAUAUCAUUAUUGUUUGCCUUAAUGCAGCUCUGUUCAAAUAAAUGACUAGAAGCAGUGUAGUCUUUAACUGUAAUAUGAGCUGUUAGAUUGAUUGUAUGCAAUAAUUCAAUUAUACUUCAACUCCUUCUGGAAAUUGAGUCUUUCCUGACAACAAAAUAUGUGUGUGGCUUUAGUUGAUAAUUAUGCGCAAGAAUAAAGGCAUUUUACUCCAAAUACAUAAUUCAUGGUACUGCUAAACACCUGUCACGAGACACUGGGUCAAAUAACAUUGCAUAGGCAAACAGGACGAGUAUAGCGCUGUUGUCUGUGUGAAAAUGUUCCUAAAUGGAUCGGCUCCAGACUUCCUCUUUUCUCUCAACAGCAGUCGAUCCCUUCAGUAGUUGUCGUCUGUGAGAUAAAGCAGCAUUCCAAAGAGUUGGAAAUCAGCCCUCAGGGGACAGAAAGGGCCUCUAGUAUGUUCUCACAUGCUAAUAAACAGAAAUGCAUGUCAUGUUGUCUGCGAGGGUGUCUGUCUGUGUGGACUGCCCCCUCUGGGCGGGGCAGACCCACUCUUCCUUAUUUGGACGGUUGAGGCGGGGGUCGGUCUCAGAUGGGAGGACAGCUGAAUUCUGGUGACUACAACAAAAACUUGAGCGUGAGAUUCAUCGUCUGCCGAGGAGCGUUGAAGUUCAUCAGGGCAUCAGGUCUGAAGAACGUAAAGAAACUGAGGACAAGAAGGAGGAGGAGGAAGAGCGGUUGGCUAGAGGAAAAGAAAGAAGAAGCAGCUUAAGGGAGAGAAGGAGAUAAGAGGGGAGCGAGUGGGACAAACAGAAAAUGCCCACUAACUUUACUGUGGUCCCAGUGAAAGGCGGCACUGGAAAGACAAGAGAGGGAAAGGAAAAGGAAGAUGUAGGUGGGAGCAAUGUGCUAAGAGAGGAAGAAGAUCCUACAGGCGAUGGCGUCCCAAAGGAAAACAGUCCCUUCAUCAACAACUCUGAAAAUGACAAGAACAAUUAUGAUGGCACCAACAUGGCACUGUUUGAGGAGGAGAUGGACAGGCACCCCAUGGUGUCAUCCCUUCUUGAUAAACUGGCAAACUACACCAAUCUCUCUCAAGGAGCUCUUGAGCACGAGGAAGCUGAUGAAGAGAGUUCCAAGAAGAAAACUGUUAAGAGCCCUCAGAUGGGAACCUUCAUGGGUGUCUACCUCCCUUGCCUCCAGAACAUUCUGGGGGUCAUCCUGUUUCUGCGCCUUACCUGGAUUGUCGGCACAGCCGGCAUCUUGGAAUCCCUGGCGAUCGUGGGCUUGUGCUGCUCAUGCACGAUGCUAACAGCAAUAUCCAUGAGUGCUGUUGCUACCAAUGGUGUCGUACCAGCUGGAGGCUCUUACUACAUGAUCUCCAGAUCUCUGGGUCCAGAGUUCGGCGGAGCAGUCGGUCUCUGUUUCUACCUCGGAACGACCUUUGCAGGCGCCAUGUACAUCCUGGGUACCAUUGAGAUUCUGCUGACCUAUAUUGUGCCUCAAGCAGCCAUCUUUACUGCAGAGCGAAAGGAAGAUGAACUCAGCGCCCUGCUCAACAACAUGCGUAUCUAUGGCACUUUGUGCCUUUCGCUCAUGGCAAUAGUUGUCUUUGUAGGGGUCAAAUAUGUCAACAAACUGGCCCUGGUUUUCCUGGCUUGUGUGAUUCUCUCCAUCAUUUCCAUCUACGCCGGAGUCAUCAAGUCCAGUUUUGAUCCACCGGAUUUUCCUGUCUGCAUGUUGGGGAAUCGAACACUACGAAACCUUCGUUUUGACAAGUGUCUGAAGACUGAAAUCGUAAACAACACCACAGUCUCCACCCAGCUGUGGCGUUUGUUCUGUGAUGGGCCUGCACUUAAUUCCACCUGCAACGAGUAUUUUGUGAACAACAACCUGACACUAAUUCAAGGCAUCCCUGGUCUGGCCAGUGGGGUCAUCUCAGAAAACAUGUGGUCGGCGUAUGGUCCACUUGGCAUGUUGGUCGAAAACAAGAGGCUGCCAUCCGUGGGAGGCAUCGACCCUGCCAAGGACAUCUACCUCCCCUAUGUCGUCAACGACAUCAGCACCUUCUUCACGUUGCUGGUUGGAAUCUACUUCCCCUCAGUCACUGGUAUCAUGGCCGGUUCUAACCGCUCCGGUGACCUGAGGGACGCCCAAAAGUCCAUCCCUAUUGGAACCAUCCUAGCUAUCGCCACCACCUCCUUUAUCUAUGUCACCGGUGUGAUUUUCUUUGGUGCCUGUAUCGAGGGAGUCCUGCUUCGAGACAAGUUUGGAGAUUCAGUGAAACGGAAUCUUGUUAUUGGCACCCUGUCCUGGCCUUCUCCCUGGGUGAUCGUGAUCGGCUCGUUCUUCUCCUGCUGCGGAGCGGGUCUGCAGAGCUUGACGGGCGCUCCUCGACUCCUGCAGGCUAUCGCAAGAGAUGGUAUCGUCCCUUUCCUGCAGGUGUUCGGUCAUGGGAAAGCUAACGGAGAACCCACCUGGGCUUUGCUGCUGACGACUGGGAUCUGUGAGAUCGGCAUUCUCAUCGCCUCUUUGGACGCCGUAGCUCCCAUUCUCUCCAUGUUUUUCCUCAUGUGCUACAUGUUUGUCAACCUGGCCUGUGCUGUUCAGACCCUGCUGCGAACACCCAACUGGAGGCCGCGCUUCAAAUACUACCACUGGACCCUGUCCUUCCUGGGGAUGAGCUUGUGUCUUUCCAUCAUGUUCAUUUCAUCAUGGUAUUACGCCAUUAUUGCCAUGGGGAUUGCUGGCUGCAUCUACAAAUAUAUCGAAUAUCGAGGAGCUGAAAAGGAAUGGGGAGACGGCAUCCGUGGCCUGUCGCUUAACGCCGCCCGCUACGCCCUUAUUCGCCUUGAGGAAGCUCCUCCACACACCAAAAACUGGAGGCCCCAGUUAUUGGUGCUCCUGAACUUGGAUUCAGAUCAGUGUGUCAAACACCCACGUCUGCUGUCCUUAACUACUCAGCUAAAGGCAGGGAAAGGCCUGACCAUAGUGGGAAACGUUUUACAGGGAACCUACCUCAGUCACGAAGCAGAGGCCAAGAAGGCUGAGCAGAACAUCAAGUCAGCGAUGGCCACUGAGCGCACCAAGGGUUUCUGUCAUGUGGUGGUGUCUUCAAACCUCAGAGAUGGAAUCUCCCACCUUAUUCAGUCUGCAGGUUUGGGGGGCAUGAAGCACAACACGGUGCUGGUGGGCUGGCCUGGAACCUGGAGGCAGUCUGAGGACCCACAGUCAUGGAGAAACUUUAUAGAGAUAGUGCGCGAGACCACGGCAGCCCACCUGGCCAUGCUGGUCCCUAAAAACGUGGACAGUUUCCCCACGAACAAGGACCGCCUGGAGGAGGGCACCAUCGAUGUAUGGUGGGUGGUUCAUGAUGGAGGCAUGCUGAUGCUGCUGCCCUUCCUGCUGAGACAGCACAAGGUGUGGGAGAAGUGCAAGAUGCGCAUCUUCACAGUUGCCCAGAUGGAUGACAAUAGUAUCCAAAUGAAGAAAGAUCUCCAGAUGUUCCUGUACCACCUGAGGCUGGAUGCUGAAGUGGAAGUGGUGGAGAUGCAUGACAAUGACAUCUCAGCCUUCACGUAUGAGAAGACGUUGGUGAUGGAGCAGAGGUCUCAAAUGCUGAAACAGAUGCAGCUCUCGAGGACUGAGAGAGAAAGAGAGAUUCAGAGUAUCACUGAUGAGUCGCGUAACUCAAUCCGGAGGAAGAACCAGGGAGCUACCGAGAACUCGAACGUCAGCCGGCAGUCCUCAACAGCGGAGGACAUUCAGGAGGACGAGGCCCAGCUCAUCCACGACAAGAACACCGCUGCUCAUGCCGCUAUGAACAACAAGGAAGAAGUCGGAACCGACCGGGUGCACAUGACCUGGACGAAGGACAAGGUCUCAACAGAGCGGAACCGGACCCGGGAGGCCAACGCCAACAUGGCCGUCCGGGACAUGUUCAACAUGAAGCCAGAGUGGGAGAGUCUGAACCAGUCGAAUGUCCGCCGCAUGCACACAGCUGUCAAGCUGAAUGAAAUUGUGGUCAACAAGUCGCAGGGAGCCCAUCUUGUUCUGCUCAACAUGCCAGGACCACCGAGGAACAGAGGAGGAGAUGAAAACUACAUGGAGUUCCUGGAGGUUCUCCUGGAGGGUCUGAACCGCGUCCUCCUGGUGCGAGGAGGUGGCCGAGAAGUCAUCACCAUCUACUCCUAAGAAUAUCUAAAAAAAGAAGCGAAGCACAUAAGGGCAUAUUGCCAUGGUUACCGCUCACCAGGCAUUUGUUUUUGUUUUGUUUUGUUUUUUGUUCUUGUUUUUUGGGAGAGAAAAAGCCCAAUUUGGUUUUUAUGAAGGGUAAAGGGGCUUGCUGGGGGCUGACUGAUGAUCUGAAAGACGUCGGUAUGAAGGAGUCGGCUGCAGACUGUGGUGAGCGCGGCGUCUCCACGCCGACCCACAGAACCCCUGCUGAGAGGAGGAGGAGGAGCAUCAAGACACUUUAUAUCUGCCACUUCACCCUGUUCUGUUGUGUUCAUGUGAAGCUUGUAGUUUGUUCAUGUUGUUCCUGGUGCAACCUGAUGAAGAAACCUGCACACGGGUUAAUGACGGCAUGACGGAGAGCGGGGCCGAGGAGGAGAAUCAGCCCUCCGCUGGGAUUUCCCCGAGGUUUUAAAGACUCUACUAGUUUUAGCUGCUUUUACAUUGUGGGUAAAUAUUGUUCCUCUGACACUCAUGUGCAUCCAGCGUUGUGUUCUGUCUUUCUCUAUUUAACUUGCUGAAGGACCAGCCAGUAGGAUGCUUUACCUGCACCUUUCACAUUUCCAUGAGCGCUGUUGAUUUUCUCCUUAUUUUUUCAUAGAGAAAAUAGCCAUAACUAAAGUCGAGCUGGUGCAUAUAGAAUAUCUGCAGAACUGCUUGGUUGGGAACAAAUAUAAAUAUAUAUUUAGUUAUUUUUUUUAAUGAAAUGGCUGUUAGACAGCAUGCAUUUGUCUAAUAUUUAAACUAAUUGGCUAGAAGUCAUGGUUGUGGCCCUCGGGAUUGUUUAGAAAAGCACAAGUAGUCCGGCGUGAUUCGGUGCAAAUCUCCCCAUACUGUUCUGGUUACAGCACUGUUAACUUUGCACAUCCUUUCUUUGAGCACUUAACUCACUUUUCUCUUGAUUUCCCAAGUCAACAUUAAUUGUUUUCCAACAUCACUAAAUUGUUAACAGGAGCUAGCAGGCGGCAGGUGUUUGCGGUCUUUUUUUUAUUAGUCACGUUUCUGUGUUUUUAUGACGCUUUAUUGAGCAGAAACCUUUGGCUCUGAGUCCUAGACUGGAUUAGAUGAGUUAUUAUUGUACAGGAGGAAAAAGUGCCAAAAAAAAAUAAUAAAAAGAAACACAAACAGCACAAAGAAACACAAGGAAACUGUGGAAGUACGAUUAUUUAAUGCAAUUCCGACUGUGGCCGCACUCUGGUUUUACUCUGCUCUCUUCAUAGAUUUUAGACCGUUUUAUUUAAACCUAGAAAUUCACUUAAGCAGAGCUCAAUAUUUCUACCCGGAUUUUUUUUUUUUUUUUUUCUUUAAAGCAACCUCCAUGUGGAUUUUUUUUGUUUGUUUUUUAAAGGGCAUUUUCAACCCAUGUAAGGUGUGCUGCAGAGAGAAGAACCCCUCACCCUGUGUACCUCCACAGUUUCUGCUCCUGAUUAGCCAUGCAGUAUUUUGUUGAGCAGAGUCUCGUUCUCCUGAACUUCUGUGAAGGCGAAUGCGACCUCUUCAGCUCCGUUCUACAUGUUGCGUUGUCGUCGUGUUCACGUGUUAAAUGUAUGCUUGUGAAACUUUCUAGUUUUUUUUUUUUGUUGCUUUUUUUUUUUUUUUCUUUGUAGUGUUUGUUACAUCAUACACAAUCUUCUGUUACUUAUAAGUGUUUAUUUACAGAUGUGAAUUUUACAAAAGAAGACAGCAGUGACUGUCUUCUGUCCCCCCCCCCCCCCUCCCUCCCCCCCUCAUGUUUGUUCAAACAUGCACAGCACAAAGAAACACAAACAACCAGAGAGUUUCUGGACUGAAGCUGUUUGGGUUCUGUUUCUACAUGAAGUUGGAUGUUACUGUUUUUUUCCACAUCUAUAGUAACCAAAGAUGAAAAAAAAAAAAACAAUUAAAAUAAAAAACACAAUGUUUUAAGAAGUUUGGAAGUUGUAAAGAUGAAUAAUAAAGAGAGGUUUUGUUCUUUGUAA